GGCAAACCCCUCUUGCUGAGCCUCAGCCCACCCACCUGUCGAGGGAAAAUGAGCGCAAGCCGUCCGAUUGCCACCAAGCUCUUGCAGCUGCGGCUGCUAGCCACGGUGGCGGCGAAGGAUGCAAGGUCGUCGACGACCAAGCCUAUGAGGAUCUACCAGAAGCUGGCGGCUCUCGGAGCCACCGGAGGGAGCGUGUCGAGGACGCUGAAUGAGCACAUAAUGCAGGGGAAAUGGGUGACCAAACGGGAGCUGGUGAGAAUCGUCAAAGAGCUUCGGAGGUAUCGUCGAUACGGCCACGCACUUCAGGUGAUAGAUUGGAUGGAGAAUAGGAAUAUCAACCUUUCAUUCACCGAACAUGCGGUGCGCUUGGAUCUUAUAUCAAAGGUCAAAGGGGCAGCUGCAGCGGAGAAUUAUUUCCACAGCCUUCCGGCAACUGCGAAGAACAGGUUUACCUAUGGAGCUCUUCUGAAUUGCUACAGUAAGGAAGCCAUGGAAGACAAGGCAUUGCUGCUCUUCAAGGAGAUGGAAGAAUUGGGUUUUACUUGCCAUACUUUGCCUUACAAUAACAUUAUGAGCCUAUACAUGAGAAAAGGAAAACUUGAGAAAAUUCCGAGCCUAGUAGAAGAGAUGAAAGAGAGAAACAUAUCCUUGGACUCAUUUACCUAUAAUAUAUGGAUGCAGAGCUACGCUUGCUCAGAUGACAUUGAUGGAGUUGAAAAGGUCUUCCAUGAAAUGUUGGAAAAAGAUGCGGCUCUUUGUGAUUGGACUACUUAUAGUAAUCUAGCUGCACACUAUGUUAAGGCUGGAUUAACUGAGAAAGCGGAGGGUGCUCUUAAGAAGCUAGAGUCGGUUAUGGAUCCGGCGAACCGAGAGGCCUAUCAUUAUCUCAUCACUCUCUAUGCGGGUCUUUCUAAUCUAACGGAGGUUUGUAGAGUGUGGGAUUCCUUGAAGGCAGCUUUUCAAGUAACCAUCAAUAUCAGCUAUCUUGUAAUGCUUGGCAGCCUUCGUAGAUUGAAAGACUUGGAGGGUUUAAGAAAAGUUUUCGAGGAGUGGCAGUCUAACUGCACAAGCUAUGAUGUUAGGGUAGUUAAGAUUGUCAUUGGUGCUUAUCUGGAUCAAGACAGACUCGAAGAAGCUGAAGCUAUAUUCAAGGAUGCCUCAACGAGGGCUUCCAGACCAUUCUUAAGCGGUAUGGAGUUGUUUAUGGUUUACUUCUUGAGGAGGGGUUGUUUGGAACGGUGCAUGGAGUUUCUGGAAGCUGCCUUGUCCAUAUCUAAGAACGAGGAGUGGAUCCCGCUGGUGUCUACGAUCGAUGCGUUUCUGUUGCACUUUGAGGGGAACGGAGACGUAAAGGCUGCGAAUGAAUUGUUCAAUCUAUUGAAGGAAGUGAGCAGUGUCAAAAGUGUCGCCUACAACUUGUUGCUCAGGGCAUAUGUGGCUGCAGGCAAGACAGACCCAGAGAUGCGUCGAAUGAUGGAUGAAGAUGGGGUUGAGAUAGAUGAUGAACUUAAGAAGUUGCUCCAGAAGGUUUGCCCCUCGUAAAUUCUUUGCUGGGAGCUACCCUAAUUCCGAAGGUAUUUUCUGAUAGGGUAUGGAAUGAACUUUAUUUCGAUCUAUUUUACUUUCACAGUCCAGAGAUCGGACAUUAUUCACGAGUGUUAUCCCAAAUGAAGUGUGUCUCGGUCAAAUCAAAUAUCAGGUGUUGAUUGCUGCCGCAUUUUUAUGCUGACCGAGUUUCUUCUGAAUUUCCUUGCAUUGAUCCUCAAUUUGCAAUUAGUAGAGAAGUAUGUUAGCUGGAGCCCUGGGGGCCCCUUUCAAGCUUUCUGAGGCCUGCAGUUAAUAUAUAUAAAAGCCGGAGUGUAGAAGGUAUACCGAACAAUCCUCUGCGCAUGUUUUCUA